AUGGACGUGGUCAACGCAACCGCAAAAGCCGCCUUCAAUUCGACGCAGGACUACUUUUCCGUCCUGGACCAAGUUUCCAAGUUGAAUGGCAGCCUCAACUUGGCCGAGCGCCUUUGGGCCGCUUGGUAUCUCUUCAUGCAAAACGACACGCUCGCGACGGGCGUCAUGAGCUUCAUCAUGCACGAGAUUGUGUACUUUGGCCGCUGCCUGCCCUUCAUGAUCCUCGACAAGAUCCCUUACUUCCACAAGUACAAGAUUCAAGAUCAAAAGAUGCCGACCCUCAAGGAGCAGUGGGAUUGCGCCGCCAUUGUGCUCAUCAGCCACUUCACCACCGAACUUCCUCAGAUCUGGUUCUUCCAUCCCAUCGCCACCUACUUCGGCAUGGACUACGGCGUGCCCUUUCCCUCCAUCUCGAAAAUGGCCAUGCAGAUCGCCGUCAUGUUUGUCCUGGAGGAUACUUGGCACUACUGGUUCCAUCGAUGCCUGCACUACGGGCCACUUUACAGGGCCAUUCACAAGAUGCAUCACACAUACUCGGCUCCGUUUGGUUUGGCUGCCGAGUAUGCCUCUCCCAUCGAGACCAUGCUUCUUGGCUUGGGCGUCAUUGGAUCCCCCAUCCUGAUCCUUCUGGUCACGGGCGAUCUUCAUCUCAUCACCAUGUACACUUGGAUCAUCCUUCGACUUUUCCAGGCCAUUGACGCUCACAGCGGCUACGACUUCCCCUGGAGCUUGUGUCAUAUCCUCCCGGUAUGGGCUGGUGCCCAUCACCACGACAUGCACCACGAGAAGUUUAUCGGAAACUAUGGCUCCAGCUUCCGCUGGUGGGACUACAUGCUUGACACUGAGGCUGGUCCCGAGGCUCACAGGCGCCGUCGCGAGAAGAAGCUCAAGGCCAUCAGAGCCUCCAAAAAGGAGCAGUAA